UCCGCCGAGUCAUGUAGUCCCUCUGCGCCCCUCUCCCGGGGACGUGGCCGCUCCUUCCCCUUCCUGCCCGGUAGCCGCCGCGCCGGGGAGGCGUCUGGGAGGCCAGACUAGAAGAGCGCCCGCCGCGGCGGCUCGGCCGUGCCCCGGGCAGAGAGCGGGGAGUGCCGGCUGCGGGGAUCCCUCCGCUCGCGGUGAGGCGCUGCUACCGGCACGCCAUUUUGGGUGACAGAGGCCCGGAGCUGCCGGAGAAGGUGUUUAUGAUGCUGGGCUCUGGGUUCAAGGCCGAGCGCUUGCGAGUCAACCUGCGCCUUGUUAUCAAUCGCCUCAAACUGCUGGAGAAAAAGAAGACUGAGUUGGCCCAGAAGGCAAGGAAGGAGAUUGCAGAUUACCUGGCAGCUGGAAAAGAUGAGCGUGCCAGGAUUCGUGUGGAGCACAUCAUCCGUGAAGAUUACCUUGUGGAGGCCAUGGAGAUCCUGGAGCUGUACUGUGAUCUGCUGCUUGCCCGCUUUGGCUUGAUCCAGUCCAUGAAGGAGCUGGAUUCUGGCCUGGCAGAGGCGGUAUCAACCCUGAUUUGGGCUGCACCACGUCUCCAGUCGGAAGUGGCGGAGUUGAAGAUUGUUGCUGACCAGCUGUGCGCCAAGUACAGCAAGGAGUAUGGGAAGCUGUGCCGGACAAACCAGAUUGGAACAGUCAACGACAGGCUGAUGCACAAGCUGAGUGUGGAGGCGCCGCCCAAGAUCCUGGUGGAAAGAUACCUCAUUGAGAUUGCUAAGAACUACAAUGUGCCCUAUGAGCCUGACUCUGUGGUGAUGGCUGAAGCCCCAGCAGGUGGAGAAGCAGAUCUAAUUGAUGUGGGGUUCACGGAUGAUGUGAAGAAGGGUGGCCAUGGAGGGGGUGGAGGUGGUGGAUUUACAGCCCCAAUGAUGGGUCAUGAUGGGUUAGUACCCAUGCCUGUGAUGAUGCCCAUGCCCAUGCCAACACCAAAUCCACCCUUCUCCUAUCCACCUCCAAAGGGACCGGAGAACUUCAGUGGCCUGCCAGUGGGGACCUACCAGCCUUUCACUAACAUCCACCCACCACCAAUUCCGGCAAACCCACCCACAUAUGAGUCUAUUGAUGAGCCGAAUGCUGACAAGGACACUGCUGCACCAGUGCCUGGGCCUGAGCCCAAGCCAGAAGCUUCUCCUAAACCAAGAGCUGGAGCUCCUAAUACCAUUGAUAACUUUGUGCUGCCUGAAUUACCGUCUGUGCCGGACACGCUGCCAACAGCAUCUGCUGGCGCCAACUCCUCUGCCUCAGAAGACAUUGACUUUGAUGAUCUUUCUCGGAGAUUUGAGGAGCUAAAGAAGAAGACAUAAAAAUUCCUGGGCUGCAGGAAGGAGGGGCAGGAGCUUCUCCCUGAAAAAGACUUUCCUUGAAAUUGGUUUCCUAUAUUAACCUCGAAUGAACGCACUCCUUUUUGAGCUCUCUUCCUGCUAUACUUACACCAA